ACUAGAAAGCAUAUGGAAUUUUUGGUAAAUAAGAUCCUGAUUCCUGACAAGGGAAAAUUGUUGCAUAGAAGAGAACAAAACUCCCAAAGUUAAGACAGUUACACAUUCCUUCCCUUCCUUUAUAAAAUUCAAACAAGAAGAAAGCGUGUUUUGGUGAUCAACAAGCUUUGUAACUACCGGUAAACUUAUUUGGCCAUGUCCUCUUUGAACUUUGGGAUCAGAGUUUCCCAUACCACAUAUCUGAGUCAUUAAUAAUCAAUUCCUCUUUAGCUUAGUACUACUCUCUGAACUACAAAGAUUUUUGUUCUAGCAGAAACUCUCAAAGAAUAUCUUAGCCAAUAUCUAAUAUCAGAAGCCAAAGAGAGGCCGGUCAAAGAUCCUUGUGUCGUGGAUUCUGUAUCAUAAGAAAAUAUUCUAUUAAUAAUGGCGCAUUCUCACGUUCCAAAGUUUGGCAACUGGGAAGCUGACAACAUUCCAUACAGUGCAUGUUUUGAGAGUGCACGCAGAGAAAAGGCCGGAUUCAUAAUAAAUCCGAACAAUCCAAUGGAAAAUCCAGAGAUCUUCAACAAACAUGUUAAUGUUGAUGAAGUGAAACCUUCUCAUACUUACUCUCACAAAGCAAGUUCAACGGAGAAAGGAAGCCAUGAAGUACCGAAAAACAAUUCUACACACCAUUUGCACCGCCGCAGGAGUAGGGGAAGUAAAGGUAGUUUCACAUCAGAGUUUGGAAGCGAAAAAAGCCACAUUGAUCAUUCUGUCAUCAACAAAACUUCACAAUCAGAACACAAAAGGAGUGUGUCCAAAGGAAUUGGCAGUAACACUGGUAGCUUCUCUUCAUCAAAUCACAGGAGUGAAAGCCGUUCAUUUAAUGACCAUGGGGACCAUAGAGCAGUAGCAAUACCUGAAUUUGGUAAGUGGGAUGUCACAGACCCCAAAUCAGGAGAGGGUUACACUGUUAUGUUCAGCAAAAUUAAAGAAGAAAAGCAAAUCAUGUCUAGCAGGAUCUCUGGCUUAAGGACUACACCACAUAACAAUGGUUCAAAUAUUAAGAAUCAACAUGAUGGAUCUUCCUUCAAUUUAUCUAAGUAUUGUUGCUGUUUAUCUACAAGCGAAAGCAAAUGA